GUGGAGGAUGACGCCAUGGACGACUACUCAUUGGACGGCAUCGACUUUGAACUUCCGCCAUUGGUCGGCAAGCCGGUAUAAACGGUGCUUUCUCGUAAUUCCUUUCAGUUGUGUUGUUACUCACUCACUGUACACUUGGAGAAUAGUAUGUAUAAAGAAGUUCACUAUCAGGAAAUUAAACACGAGUGCUCGCGAUCGGGAGGACUCCACGCUUAUCCCGAUCACUUCAGGGAACCGUAUCUUUAAAAUCACCGUUGAAUUCAUGAACAUCUGAAGGUUCCUGCCGUCCUCUGGAGGACUUUGUAUAUAGUGUACAUAGAAUCUUUUGCCUGUAACGAAAACAAAAGGAAUUUCCCGCUGGAGGAAGACGAGCAAACUUGCGGGAUCGUACGCGAGGGAGAAGUUAUUCAAGAAUUUUGCACUGUCCUACACAUACCGUGCACCUUUAACUACACGCAUCAGCGAUAAUAAAAGGGAGAGAAAAAAAAGAUAAUCGAACGCAUCAUGAAGCAAGGAACGUCGGAAGAUUUUUCACUUGGGUUGAAGCUGUUUACCGCCGGCACGGCAGCUUGCAUCGCCGAUUUAGCUACCUUUCCGUUGGACACCGCCAAAGUCAGAAUGCAGAUUGCGGGAGCAGGACGAGCUUUAUUGUUGGCGUCAGCGGAAGGUCCGGUUUUUGCAGUAAGAGCGAGCGAGCCGGGAUUGUUCCAGACCAUCGGGAACCUCGUUAGAUUCGAAGGCGCAAGGAGCCUGUACGGAGGUCUGUCCGCGGGACUCCAGAGACAGAUGUGUUUCGCCAGCAUACGGUUGGGCCUCUACGACAGCGUGAAGUCACUCUACGCUGGAUUCUUCGACGCAGGUAAUAGUAGAAGCUGUACGAUAAACAUUGGUGUGCGGAUCGCCGCGGGGAUCACAACAGGCGCUUUGGCGGUGCUGCUCGCUCAGCCGACUGACGUCGUCAAGGUCCGCUUGCAAGCUGGAAAUAAUGGGCGAUCGUCGGUGAGGUAUAGCUCCACUCUGCAGGCUUACAAGAAUAUCGCUAACGUGGAGGGCGCGAGAGGUCUUUGGAAAGGAACCAUGCCGAACAUCUCGCGGAACGCCAUCGUGAACGUGGCGGAGAUAGUCUGUUAUGAUGUCAUCAAGGAUCUCAUUCUGGUCAGCGGCUAUCUCCGCGACGGGAUACCAUGUCACUUGACAGCCGCGGCGGUGGCCGGACUUUGCACCACUUUGGCGGCGAGUCCUGUGGAUGUGGUGAAGACGCGUUACAUGAACAGCGCAGCCGGCGAGUACAAAGGCGCGAUAGACUGUGCUGUCAGGACCUUCGUCCAGGAGGGCCCAUCCGCAUUUUACAAGGGUUUCGUGCCGAGUUUCACGCGUCUGGUUUCCUGGAAUAUCGUACUCUGGGUGACGUACGAGCAAAUGAAAUUGCAGCUGAAGAAGUGGCAUGGCAUCGAAUAAAGGUCUCCUUGUUCAUCGAUUAUUUCUUGCGGUGAAAAAUCAACGUUGAAGAUCCCAUUGUAAUAUUGCGUUAUUUCAUCGAAAUUCACAUGUUCUAUAGAGAAUUAGCAGUUGCUUACAUGAAACAUGUGCAAAUCAAAUGUAGAUAAAUCGGAAAUUCUUAUUCCGCCAGCAAGUACUACGUGUUAAUCAUAAGAUUCCGGCUAAUGAUGAUGAAAAAUGUCCCCACAUUACUGCUUCUUUUUUCUGCAUCUUUUAUAUAUAUUUGCGCAUUAUCGCUGAAUUAUUCACCAUUUAAUUGAUCGUUAAUCAAAUCUUGAAACAGAAAUUAUUUAUAUAUUUAGAAAUGACAGCAAUAGGCUAUAUAACUUCAUGUUCAAUUUACUAAUGCGACUUUUAUUUAAAUGUGCACAAGUGUAUGUAUUUAGUAGAGACAGUGGAGAUUUCUUAAUAAUUUGUAUGUAACCAAGUUCGGCUAUGCGUUUUAUAUACUUAUAAUAAAGCAAUUAGGCCAUUUCGGCGAGGUAGACUGAAUGAUGAUUACAUGGGCAUCAUUAAUGAAACAGACAAUAAUGUUAUAAAACAUCAUUUCCAUGUCUUUGCUUGAAUUUAGAUAGAGUCUCACAAAGAAUUUGCAACUAUGUAUUAUAACGAAUCCUUUUUUCAAUGUUGCUUUAAUUAAUUAAUUCGCAGACGUAGCGCGCAAUUUUUUGCACGUACAAUAUAAUUUAGUCAAUUAAUAUUAUACAGAGCACAAUUUUUAUUGUAGUUUUAUCGACGACAUUGCCAUUAAAUAAUUUAAUCUGCGAGCAGUAGAGCAUUAAAAAAAAUCCUCUAUUAUCAAAAUUUACAUAUUUAUCAUUAGAUGUACUCGUUAUUUGUAAUGAAAUACAUUCAUUCCCAACCCUUA